GACUGUGGCUGCAGCCAGUGCAGCCUGUAUAUGUAGUUUGUUGUGUCGAUGUUUUCGUCGCUAGGUUAGGAAUCUUUUCGGAAAUAUUAAGUUUUCGGAAUAUAAGUUUAUACUUGAAAAUACAAUAAGUAAGUAAGACAGACAGGAAUCGGCGUGGAUAUUGUUGUCAGAUCACUGUUAUCCAUUAGCGUGCUGCGUUCCAAUAAACAAAAUGUAGCACUUCUGUUCGCGAUAAAUUGAAUCGUCAAAGAACUACGAGAGAAGCAUCGCUCUGAUACAUUGAAAAAAAUUAUCGAACUUCAGUGUAUGUAAGCUCGAAGGGAAAGAAAAAUGAGUAUUGAAUACAAAUUUGAGACAGAGAUUGACUGCAAGCAAGGGGCCAUCAGAUCUGUACGGUUCAGUGUGGACGGUUCAUAUUGCAUAACGUGUGGGUCGGACAGGAAGCUGAAGCUAUGGAAUCCAUACAAGUCUGCUACGUUGAAAACAUAUGGUGGACACGGCGACGAGGUCAUGGAUGCCUGCGCGUCAUGCGACAGCAGCCAGAUAGCAUCUUGCGGAUUAGACAAAUCUGUAAUCGUCUGGGACGUGGCAACGGGCAUGCCUGUGCGUCGUUUCAGGGGACAUGCGGGUCCUGUCACAACCGUCAGAUUUAAUGAAGAAUCGUCAAUGAUCGUUUCUGGAUCUCGCGACAACAGCGUUAUGUGUUGGGACAGCCGUUCCAAGGCGCAAGAAGCGGUGCAGACCUUGAACGAUGCCAAGGAUUCCAUUUCUAGCGUGAGAGUUUCGGACCACGAAAUCCUGUCCGGCUCUUUUGAUGGCAAAGUACGCACAUAUGAUAUACGAGUGGGAGAACUUUGUGAGGAUUAUGUGGGAGAUGCAAUUACAUGCGCCAGUUUUACCAGAGAUGGCCAAUGUCUGGUUGUCAGUUGCGCGGACGAUGUAAUUAGAUUGCUCGACAAGGACUCGGGAGAGUUACUCGGCGAGUUCGCAGGACACACCGGAAAGGAUCUCUGUCUGGAGUCGAGCGUAGACUGUCAGGAUACGAAAAUUCUUUCCGGCUCGGCGGAUGGAAAGCUAUGGAUUUGGGAUCUCGUCUCGCAGAAGGUGGUCGCGAAGCUCUCGGGCUUUAAACCCACCAAGCAUCCUACCGUAUCUAUAAGCGUUCAUCCACAGAAGAACUGUUUCCUGGCUUCCAACGGAUCUGAUAUAUUGAUGUGGAGCACGCAGUCUCACACAGACAAUGAAUAAUAGUGAAAUAUCCGUGUUAUUGUCCCUUUGUACACAAAGUAAGUCCGAAGUCUGUGAUUUUUAAUAGUUUUAGUUCCAAUACUUUUUUUACAAUCUUUAAAAUUAAAUGUUUAUUAUGGAUGUACAUAUUG